AUGUCUCGUCCCAAAGUGCUAGUGGUCGGUUCAGGUGGAGUUGGAACCAUAUGUGCCUUAUCUCUCACGGUCAGAGACAGAUCCGAGGUUACGUUGGUCGUAAGAUCUGACUACGACUUAAUCACUUCUAAAGGCUACACCAUCAACUCUUGCACCUACGGUAAGUUGGAAGGCUGGAGACCUCACCAUGUAGCCCGUAAUGUAGUAGAAGCACGUGAAUUAUACGGCGAAUUCGACUACAUCGUGCUUACAACAAAGAACAUUCCUGACGGAACUUCUACCUGUGAAGAUAUUAUCAGACCUGCCGUUACUGAAAAAUCGACUAUAAUUCUUGUUCAAAAUGGUUUAUCCAUAGAAGAGCCAAUGAUAGCUGCCUUUCCCAAGAAUACCAUUUUGAGUGGAGUCAGUUUAAUAGGAUCCACUAACUACAACGGUGUCAUUGAGAAUAAGGGUCGUGACCAUAUUAUUCUUGGAGACUUCAAGAAACCAGAACUUCGCCAUGAGAACUCACAAGAAGUUAUCGAUAAAUUCGUAGAAAUAUACCAAAACGACAACGGCUUGAACAAGAUCGAAAUUGACAAUGACGCCCAGAAGACAAGAUGGGAGAAGUUAGUCUACAACUGUGUCUUCAACACUAUGACAGCGUUGGUCAAUCUAGAUGUUUCCAGAUGUCAGAUCUUUCUGGGAAAUGAUGCACUUUUUCGUCCAGCAAUGAAGGAAGUCAUUGCCAUAGCCAAAUCUGUAGGUAUUGAAGUUUCUCCAGAGAUUCCUGAGAAAUACAUUCACAUCGGGGAUGGGUUCUUCUACUCUCCUUCUAUGUGUGUAGACAUGCGUAAGAACCAACUCAUGGAAUUGGAAGUAAUCUUGGGUAACCCGUUGAAAAUCGCCGAAAAGAACAAAGUUUCCACUCCCAUUUUAAGUACUGUGUACCAUCUACUCAUCAUGGUACAACAGAGAAUUAAAGAGGAAAGAGGCAUCAUCAAGAUAGAUCCAGCCGACUUUCAGUGCAAUUCUGACAAAUACAGCGAAAUCUACAAACAGAAAUACCAUCAAUAG